CGCUGCCGGGAACGAGCCCGGAGCGCGGGAUGGGUUGCGUCAGUGCCGCGCGCAUGCCCGCCUCCGGGCGCGCGCAUCCUGUCCCGCACGGGGCCCGGCAGGGUUCUGAGAUGAUGGACAAGGCGGAGACUGCGCGCUGAGGGGAACCUGCUGCGUCUGUCGGGAUGGGGUCGGGCGCGGGCUCGCCCUCUGGGACCCUCCGUGUCCAGUGGUUGCUGUUGUUCGGUCUGGCGGGCCCGGUGCUCAGUGGGGAGCGGCCAGGCUUUCAACAGACCUCAUACCUCUCUUCUUAUGAAAUUGUAACUCCCUGGAGAUUAACUAGAGACCGAAGAGAAGCCCCAAGGCCUUAUUUAAAACAGGUAUCUUAUGUCAUUCCAGUGCAAGGAAAAGAACAUAUUAUUCACUUGGAAAGGAACAUAGAUCUUUUGCCUAAGGAUUUUGUGGUUUAUACCUACAACAAAGAAGGGGCUUUGAUUGCUGACCAUCCUAAUGUACAGAAUCAUUGUCAUUAUCGGGGAUAUGUGGAAGGAGUUUAUAAUUCAUCAGUUGCUCUUAGUGACUGUUUUGGACUCAGAGGAUUGCUGCAUUUAGAGAAUGCCAGUUACGGGAUUGAACCCCUGCACAACAGCUCCUGCUUUGAGCACAUCUUUUAUCCAAUGGAUGAUGUCCACAGAGAGCCUCUGAAAUGUGGAGUUUCUAACAUGGAUAUAGAGAAAGAAACCACAAAGGGUGGAGAGGAAGAGCGUCACAGCAUGACUCAGCUACUUCGAAGAAGAAGAGCUGUUCUGCCGCAAACCCGCUAUGUGGAGCUGUUCCUCGUUGUGGACAAAGAACGGUAUGAUAUGAUGGGAAGAAAUCAGACUGCUGUCAGAGAAGAAAUGAUUCAUUUAGCAAACUACUUGGAUAGCAUGUAUAUUAUGCUAAAUAUUCGAAUUGUUCUGGUUGGGCUGGAGAUUUGGACAAAUGGAAACCUGAUCAGUGUAGCAGGAGGUGCUGGUGAUGUGUUGGGAAACUUUGUACAGUGGCGGGAGAAGUUUCUUAUAACACGUCGGAGACAUGACAGUGCACAGUUAGUUCUAAAGAAAGGCUUCGGCGGGACUGCAGGAAUGGCAUUUGUGGGAACAGUGUGUUCCAGGAGCCAUGCAGGCGGGAUCAACGUGUUUGGACAAAUCACUGUGGAGACAUUUGCAUCCAUUGUUGCUCAUGAGCUGGGUCAUAACCUUGGAAUGAAUCACGAUGACGGGAGAGAUUGUUUCUGUGGAGCAAAGAGCUGUAUCAUGAAUUCCGGUGCAUCAGGUUCCAGAAACUUCAGCAGUUGUAGUGCAGAGGAUUUUGAGAAGUUAACUUUAAAUAAAGGAGGAAAUUGCCUCCUCAAUAUCCCAAAACCUGAUGAAGCCUAUAGUGCGCCCUCCUGUGGUAAUAAAUUGGUGGACCCUGGAGAAGAAUGUGACUGUGGUACUCCAAAGGAAUGUGAAUCAGACCCUUGUUGUGAAGGAAGUACUUGCAAGCUUAAAUCUUUUGCUGAAUGUGCAUAUGGCGACUGUUGUAAAGACUGUCGGUUCCUUCCAGGAGGUUCUUUAUGCCGAGGAAAAACUAAUGAAUGUGAUGUUCCAGAGUACUGCAAUGGCUCUUCUCAGUUCUGCCAGCCAGAUGUUUUUAUUCAGAAUGGAUAUCCUUGCCAGAAUAACAAAGCGUAUUGUUACAAUGGCAUGUGUCAGUAUUAUGAUGCUCAGUGUCAAGUCAUCUUUGGCUCAAAAGCCAAGGCUGCCCCAAGAGAUUGUUUCAUUGAAGUGAAUUCUAAAGGUGACAGAUUUGGCAAUUGUGGUUUCUCUGGCAAUGAAUACAAGAAGUGUGCCACUGGGAAUGCUUUGUGCGGAAAGCUUCAGUGUGAGAAUGUGCAAGAAAUGCCUGUAUUUGGAAUUGUACCUGCUAUUAUUCAGACACCUAGUCGAGGCACCAAAUGUUGGGGUGUGGAUUUCCAGCUAGGAUCAGAUGUUCCAGAUCCAGGAAUGGUAAAUGAAGGCACAAAAUGUGAUGUUGGAAAGAUUUGUAGGAAUUUCCAGUGUGUAAAUGCAUCUGUUCUGAAUUAUGACUGUGAUAUUCAGGAGAAGUGUCAUGGACGUGGGGUAUGUAAUAGCAAUAAGAAUUGUCACUGUGAAAAUGGCUGGGCUCCCCCGAAUUGUGAGACUAAAGGAUACGGAGGAAGCAUGGACAGCGGACCUACGUACAUUGAAAAGAGCACUGCGUUAAGGGAUGGACUUCUGGUGUUCUUCUGCUUGGUUGUUCCGCUUAUUGUAUUUGCUACUUUUUUCUUCAAGAGAAAUGAACUACGGAAAACCUUCUUCAGAAAGAAGAGAUCACAAACACAUGAGUCAGAUGGCAAAAGUCAAGCAAGUGUUUCUAGACAGCCAAUGAAUGCUCCUCGACAGCCGGUAGGUGCUCCUAGACAGCCUGUGAAUGCUCCUCGACAGCCGAUGGGUGCUCCUAGACAGCCAGUGGGUGCUCCUAGACAGCUGCCUGUACAUGCAAACAGAUUUCCAGUACCAACCUAUGCAGCCAAGCAGCCUCAGCAGUUUCCAUCAAGGCCACCUCCACCACAACCGAAAGUGUCAUCUCAGGGAAAUUUAAUUCCUGCUCGUCCUGCUCCAGCACCUCCUUUGUAUAGUUCCCUUACUUGAUUUUAUACACAUCUUCUCGCAUAUGUCUUCAGGGAACUGAGCGAAUGUUUUACCGCCUGGUAUUUUCUUGAGAAGUCUUUCUUCCUAUUGCAAUUAUGAAUGGAAACAAAUUCCACUAAACAAACAAACAGAGGGCAGUGUUGACUGCAUUUCCAGCAUUGAAAUGUCUUAUUUGGUCAUCUGUGAGGUUAACGUACUUAACAUGGAUUAUGUUAUUUUGAACAUGUUAUAGCAGUGAUUCUCGAAUUAACUGCAUUGGUGUUAGAUUUGUUAUUAUGUGCUUAAACGUAGUCCUGAAUUUUUGACCUUGGUUAUCAUUAAUGUAGUUUGUGAUCAAAUGUGAUAAUCUGAUACCUUUGAAAACUAAUUACCUGCCAUUAAUAUCUAAUAUUUUUCAUCUUGCACAGACUAAUAACCAUUGUACACUAAAAUCUUAUUUCUCAUUCAUGACAUGAAUAAACAGAUAUUCUGUUUUUGGGAAAAUACACAAAAACCAUGAUUAAGAUGCCAUAAUAUUGUUUUGAAAAUACAAAAUAUGCUAAAGGAGUGUAUGUUUAUUCACACACUCACUAGCUUCCAUUUUUAUGAUCCUUCACUAUGUGACUUAGAAAAAUUAAUUUAAUAUUAGAUUUCUAUUACGCAUCAUGUUAAAGCAUGGCAUCCUUUUACAAUAGCAUUAUUUUAAAUAAAAUAUAAGCUUUAAGGUACGAGGUAUUUAAUAGAUCUAAUCAGAUAUGCUGUUGACUCAUGGCUAUAAUAAAGGAAUAAUUGUAAUGAAUCAUUUGAGCUAUUAUAAAACCACUUAAAAAUUUAUGAGCACUUUAAGUCUAAAAUCUGAAUUUUUGAAGCUUGAUAUUAAAUCUCUGAGAAUGUUUACAUUUACUAAGGUGUGCUGGAUCAUGUCUCUUUUUGACUCUAAUAUUUUCCUAGAAAUUAGGCUGGAAAAAAGAAGGAAGAAAAGGUUUUCUUAGAUAAAUGCAAAAGUUAAUGUGGUGUCUGUGAAUUAUUAUCUUAGCUAUGUAAAAAAUAAAUUUUUACUAUGGAUGAAAUGGUAUGGUCAAUAAAAUUUUGAACAAAAA